AGUAAUCCUGUCCUGGAUUUUUCUCAAUUUUUUCAGGCUAUUAAUUCUCCUGCUGCUGCUGCUGCUGCUAUCUGGACGAAGUUUAAACCAUGACAACACCAAACCAAUGAAGUCCACCUGGUCUGCAACUCGUCAUACUUACCAUAACACUAGCCAGGAUGUGAACCCCCUAGCUUUGGUGUAUUAAACAUCCACUUACUGGCAAGGGGCAUCUUGUCCAGGAUCUCCUCUCUGACUGUCAGUGAAGUUGGGUCAGCGUGUACACAUAAGGAAACAUGGCCUGCACAUCACAGUCCGCAUUAGACUAUGUCAAGCAUGCCAAACCCCAUCUUAUAAGCGGAUUAAAGGAUCUCUCUGUGAUUUUGGAGAACUUGAAUCAGAAAGGAGUUCUUGGUGAUGAAGAAGUCAGCAAUAUAAAGGCAGAGAAAACUGAUGAAGACAAAAGAAGAACAACACUGAUCUCAGUCAUAAAAAAAGGGGAAGCAGCCUGCUAUGAGUUACUCAAGAUUAUCGACAGGACAAGGAAGAGGACUUUAGAGAAACUGCUUCUUCCUCCUGAGAAAAACAGCGAUGCUUCCACUGAGAAAAACAAGUUUGAUCUGCAUCAUUGGAUCAGUUGCUUUUCCUUCAAGGAGGAGACUCAAGUCGAUACAAACUACUUACAAGGGCCAAGGUCAUGCCACAAAUAUCAGGAAAUGUUAAAGUCAAAUGCAAAAGAGAAGUCAAAUGAGUUUUGGGCAGCAAGUAAAAAUUGGUUUGAAGGAAACAAGACGCCUGAUCUGUCAUACUCAUCACUUAUAUUAGACACAGAGCAAAGUGUUUGUCCAUCUAAAAUUAAAAAAUUAAAAAAAAGGAAAAGCAAGCUGAGUCGCCCUAAAAAACUGAGGACAUACAUCCCUGAAGAGAAACCCACCAUUUCUCCCAGUGAGCUGCUGAAAACAGAUAAAAACAUUCUCUUGGUUGGAAAACCUGGAAUUGGAAAGACAGCACUGACUCAUGAAAUGUUGAGACUCUGGGCAGAAAGAGAAAGCAAAGAGCUUGAUUACAUGUUUUACUUUGACAUGAGGGAAACAGCACAGAUCGUGAACGCCAAAAAUUUGGAGGAACUUCUUUUCAGCUUUUAUUGUGGUCCAGAUGAAGGCAAAGAUGCGGUCUUACAGGACAUACAGAGUCACUCUGACAAUGUUACAAUUAUUUUUGAUGGACUCACAGAUAUCUCUUCACCAGUGGUUACAAAGAUUUUAAAGAACAAAUUACUACCUCUUGCAAAGAUCAUCAUAACAUGCAGACCAGAUGAUGAGGAUACAAAGUUUUUUUCUGGGAACUUUGACAGAGUGGAGGUGAAAGGCUUUAGUGAGCAGACUAUAAAAACAUACUUAUCUGCAACACUCGGUGAAGAUCAGACGAAGGUUUUGAGUAGCGUGGAGCUGGUAACUCUUUGUCAUGUCCCCAUGUAUGCACUGAUGAUGGCUGUUUGCUUUUCAUCAAAAGAUGCUCCACAGCCAUGUACAAUAACUGAGAUCUACAUCAAUAUUGUUCGAUAUUGCCUUCAGAUAAACAGCAGAACUAAGAACCAAAAGCUGAAUUUCUUCAUCAAAACCAAGAGAGAAGAAAUUCUGUCUUUGGCUGAAGCUGCUUUUCUUUCAACCCAACAAAAAACUGUGAACCUGACAGACCUGACCUGUGACGACAGCUGUGUCCUGUCCUUCCUGAAACCACUUCUCAUUAAGGAGGCCGUGACUGAAACAAUAACCACAUAUGCAUUCCUCCAUUACACAGUGCAGGAGUUUUUUGCAGCACUGUGGCUCCUGAAGAAUCCUGAUAAAAUCAGAGAUGUUUUUCAGCAGUGCCUCACAGAGGAGAAGAAACACAUGAAACAUCUGAUCCCCUUCAUGUGUCGACUGUUGAAUGAGAAGAGCCCAAGUUUGAUGAAGCAUCUGAUUCCAGAUCAGGACCUGAAGAAUACAUCUAACUGGUUCUUCAAGGAGCUGAUUAACACAUUUCUUCCUCAUCUGUGUGAGCAAGAAGCAGCUGACACUGAGGGCAGUGGGCUCCAUGUCCACAUACUGUUCGUAUGCCAGUGCUUGUAUGAGUCCCAGAGUCCUGAAGCAUGCGUCUACCUUCUAGACAAACUGGACUACCAUCUUGACCUCAGUGGAGACAGUCUGGAUCCUUACCCUUGCUGUGCUGUGGCCUAUGUGGUCACUCAGUCAAAGGAAAGGAAAAUAAGGCUGAACCUCGAGGACGUGAUCAUAUCAGAACAAGGAAUGAGACAGCUGUUCGGAUGCUUUGAAAAUGUCCAAUGGUCUGACUCUCUGGCUCGACAGCUGUGGGAGCUUUUUCUUAUCAGCGAAGAGCAGAUGGACUUCGUAACCUUACUUAGUCUUGAUGGAAAUCAUUUACACCUUCCAACUCAAGGUGAAAAGCAGCUUUAUGAAAGAGCUGUGGAAGUCAUACAGAGGAUGCCUACAAAGGUUAAUGUGUGCCUCUACUGGGACAAUGAAACUCCUCCCUGUCACAGUCAGUGUGAGUCUCUGCUAAAGGCUUUCCCGUUCAUCAGCUCAGUCAGCUUCAGAGGUCCAGUUUCAUGGAGCCAGGAGAAGUACCAUGGGACACUGGAGAGGGAGCAGAAGAGGCUGUUCAUGGAUUUAUGCCUGAAAGCAGCACUUCAUGAUGGACCAAACUUCUACAAUGUAGUGAAGACGCUCCUCCCAUUGUUUCCUGUUAAAACGGACUUAGACAACAUCUUUCUUGAUUUGUUUCAAUAUGUGAAUAGCAAAGAGUUUUUAGGUGACUUUCAGGGUUUGAGGCCAUUUUUCCAGUCAGCUCCUGCAGUCUGGUCCAUAAACCUCUCAGAGAGAAAGACCUCCAUCCUCCUGGAAGUGCUGAAACUCCAACCAGAGAAGAAACAAGUGGAGCUGACAGGCUGCUCACAUGAAGAGAGUGAAGUAAGGAGUUUCCUGCAGUGUCUGCCUUAUAUCUCACAGCUCAGAUUCAUUUCUCGGUUAUCAGACCCUUCAGAGGAAAUCAGAUUCUUGGGAAAUCUGAUCUGUGCAGCAGCAGAAAGAGAUCAGCAGGCAGGAGAGAAAAUACUGGAGCUGUUAUCAUCAGUGUGCAGAUACAAAGGAUUCCCUCUUAAAGACAUAUGGUGUGAUUUACUGCUUGAUCUGUACUGUUAUAAGAAUAAAACAGGCUUGAGUGUCCUUCCAUCAUUACAGUCAGUUUUCCAGUCAGCUCCUGCAGUCUGGUCCAUAAACCUCUCAGAGAGAAAGACCUCCAUCCUCCUGGAAGUGCUGAAACUCCAACCAGAGAAGAAACAAGGAGAGCUGACAGGCUGCUCACAUGAAGAGAGUGAAAUGAGGAGUUUCCUGCAGUGUCUGCCUUAUAUCACAGAACUCAGUUUCAAGCCUCAGGCUUCACAACCUUCAGAAGAAACCAGGUUCUUUGUGAAUCUGUUCUGUGCAGCAGCAGAGAGAGAACAGCAGACAGGAGAGAAGAUACUGGAGCUGUUAUCAUCAAUGUGCAGCUAUCAAACAUUCACUCUUAAACAGAAGUGGUGUGAUCUUCUACUUGACCUCUACCCCAGUGUGCUUGAAAUGGGCUUGAGUGUCCUUCCACCCUUGUGGUCAGUUUUCAAAUCAACUCCUGCAGUCUGGUCCAUAAACCUCUCAGAGAGAAAGACCUCCAUCCUCCUGGAAGUGCUGAAACUCCAACCAGAGAAGAAACAGCUGAAUCUCACAGGCUGGUCACAUGAGGAAAAUGAAGGGAGGACUUUCCUUCAGUGUCUGCCGUAUAUCUCACAGCUCAGUUUUAGUACUACAUCAUCAGAAUCAUCAGAAGCAGUCAGGUUCUUUGGGGAUCUGUUCUGUGCAGCAGCAGAGCGAGAACAGCAGACAGGAGAGAAGAAACUGGAGCUGUUAUCAUCAGUGUGCACAUAUAAAAAUCUCCCUCUGCAGGAGAUAUGGUGUGAUUUCCUAAUGGACCUGUACUAUUAUACAAUGAAAACAGGCUUGAGUGUCCUUCCAUCAUUACAGUCAGUUUUCCAGUCAGCUCCUGCAGUCUGGUCCAUAAACCUCUCAGAGAGAAAGACCUCCAUCCUCCUGGAAGUGCUGAAACUCCAACCAGAGAAGAAACAAGUGGAGCUGACAGGCUGCUCACAUGAAAAGAGUGAAGUACUGAGUUUCCUUCAGUGUCUGCCUUAUAUCUCACAGCUCAGUUUCUCUCCUUCAUUUUUACUCUCAAGUCAAACGGAUUUGACAUGGGAAGAAGCAGAGAGAGAACAGCAACCAGAAGAGAAGAUACUGGAGCUGUUAAUAUCAGUGUGCAGACAUGGAACGUUCCCUUUUAAUGAGAGAUGCUCCUGUGCAGACUGUGAUUUCCUGUUGGAUCUGUUCUCCCAUGUGAAGGAUUGUGAAGCUAAAACAGGCCUGAGUGUCCUUCCAUCAUUACAGUCAGUAUUUUCAGCUCCUGCAGUCUGGUUCAUAAACCUCUCAGAGAGAAAGACCUCCAUCCUCCUGGAAGUGCUGAAACUCCAACCAGAGAAGAAACAAGUGGAGCUGACAGGCUGCUCACAUGAAAAGAGUGAAGUAAGGAGUUUCCUUCAGUGUCUGCCUUAUAUCUCACAGCUCAGUGUUGAUACUAAUACAUCAGAUGAAGACACAACAAGGUUCUUUGGGGAUCUGUUCUGUGCAGCAGCAGAGAGAGAACAGCACACAGGAAAGAAGAUACUGGAGCUGUUAUCAUCAGUGUGCAGAUAUAAAAAUAGUCCUCUUAAACAGAAGUGGUGUGACUUCCUCAUGGACCUGUACUCUUAUGAGACUAAAACAGGCAGGAGUGUCCUUCACUUAUUACAGUCGGUUUUCCAGUCAGCUCCUGCAGUCUGGUCCAUAAACCUCUCACAGAGAAAGACCUCCAUCCUCCUGGAAGUGCUGAAACUCCAACCAGAGAAGAAACAAGUGGAGCUGACAGGCUGCUCACAUGAAGAGAGUGAAGUGAGGAGUUUCCUGCAGUGUCUGCCUUACAUCUCACAGCUCAGUGUUGUGCCUCUGAGGUCACGUCUUCAUGAAGAAACCAGGUUCUUUGUGAAUCUGUUCUGUGCAGCAGCAGAGAGAGAACAGCAGAGAGGAGAGAAGAUACUGGAGCUGUUAUCAUCAGUGUGCAGAUACAAAAAUAGUCCUCUUAAAGAGAAUUGGUGUGACUUCUUCAUGGAUCUGUACUCUCAUGUGAAGGACUAUGAGACUAAAACAGGCUUGAGUGUCCUUCCAUCAUUACAGUCAGUUUUCCAGUCAGCUCCUGCAGUCUGGUCCAUAAACCUCUCAGAGAGAAAGACCUCCAUCCUCCUGGAAGUGCUGAAACUCCAACCAGAGAAGAAACAAGUGGAGCUGACAGGCUGCUCACAUGAAGAGAGUGAAGUGAGGAGUUUCCUGCAAUGUCUGCCUUAUAUCUCACAGCUCAGUUUCUUCACUCUGUGGGCAGAUGAAGCAGCCAAAUUCUUUGGGAAUCUGUUUUGUGCCGCAACAGAAAGAGAACAGCAGACAGGAGAGAAGAUACUGGAGUUGUUAUCAUCAGUGUGCAGAUAUCAAACAUUCCCUUUUAUUGACAGAGACAUAGAUGCUCAAUAUAAAUGCAAUUUCCUGCUGGAUCUGUGCUCCCAUGUGAAGGACUAUGAGUCUAAAACAGGCUUGAGUGUCCUUCCAUCCUUACAGUCAGUUUUCCAGUCAGCUCCUGCAGUCUGGUUCAUAAACCUCUCAGAGAGAAAGACCUCCAUCCUCCUGGAAAUUCUUAAAGUCCAAUCAGGGAAAAAACAGUUGAAGCUGAGAGGCUGCCCACAUGAAGAGAGUGAAGUGAGGAAUUUUCUUCAGUGUCUGCCUUAUAUCUCACAGCUCAGCUGUGAUCCAGACUUCUUCCAGAGUGUGUGUACAUCCAUGUCUGUAAGAUCCAGAGAGGAGGCCCAGCAGCUGGAGUCUCUGCUGCAGCUCCUGGGCUUCCAGCUGCUGUUAACAGGAGAGUUACACAGGAAAAGCUGCUGGUCUGUGGGGAGAGUUCUCAGACUGUGUGGCUCUAAAGUGGAUCUCAUCCUCACACCCAGCAAGAUGUCUGCCAGAGGAGCUGCUCUCCUCUUUAGACACACAACACAACUACACAGUCUGAGGCUUUCCAUCGACAUGUCCUUGCUCCUGUUUCAGUGGGUAAGAAGAGGCAGAGUGGUCUGUCCACUGGCUGUGGAAGAGCUUUCUCUUGUGCCUAAGAAAGCUCGACCAUCACAGAGAGUGAUGUUGAGGGCUGUCAGUAGUUUGGCUUCCCUGCUGAGACACUGGACAGUCGGACGGUUAGACCUGACUGAGAGCUGCAUCCCUGCUCAGGGUCUCAUUACUCUGCUGCUCCAUGAUGGUCCUCUAACAGUCAAACUGAGUGAAGAGAGCUUCCAGCAGCUUCUGUGUCUCCUCCAUGAAAUCCAGGACAAGGACUUGACGUUGUCCUUCUUCAGUAAGGUUGGUGGAGACCUGACCUCCUGCUGUCUGAACUGGGAGCUUCUUCACUAUCUGCUGCAGCAGGCGUCAGCUCAGACCAUCACUGUGAACCUGAGGAAGAACCUCUUCUUACAGGAGGAAACCACACGUCUGCUUCCCUUUCUGGACAGGAUUGUGUUUAAAAGGCCCAGUCCCAGCUUUGUGAUGAGCUCCAUCAGAGAGCUCUACAGAGCUCAUGACAGUCACGCUGUGCCCAGUUUACUGAGGUCACUUGGUCAUGUGAUCAACCUGAGCAGCAGAGAGCUGGACUCAGUGGACUGUGCUGCUCUGAUCUUCAUCCUCAAACACGGAGACAGAGUCAAACUGAACCUCCUGUGGACCUCCAUACCAGCAGAGGGAGCAGAGUCCAUCCUCUUCAUGCUGGACAACGUUUCUCAUCUCAGUGUUGACAGGAAUCAGCUGCUGAGGUUCAUCCACUGCUGUGCUGCCUGUGACGUCCAGCAGGAGGCAGCGUCAGGCCUGCUGAGGACUCUGCAGCACAGCUUGGAUCUGUCCUGCUCCUCCUGUGUGGAGCUACCAGAGGAGCAUCAGCCUGAGCCUCUGAGUCUGACUGCUGAUGACUGCAGGGCCGUCUCCACCAUCCUGACACACAGCAGCCAGGACACACAGCUCGACCUGCGAGACUGUGAGGUGGAGGACAGCGUGCUGGACCUGCUGUUUCCUGUCCUCCACAGGGUCCGCCUCAGAGUCAGUAAAACUGUCCUCCUCCAGCUGCUGUCUCUGGUUCCUGUGAACAGUGAGAGGGACACAGUGAGGCGGGCGGUGUCCCUGUGUAGAGCCCUGGGUGGAGAGCUGGAUCUCAGUCACAGCACGCUGGAUCAGAGGGCCUGUGGGUCUUUGGUCCAGAUGCUGGACUCGUGUGAAGGGCUGACAGAGCUGGACCUCAGUCACUGUCAGCUCACUGACCAGCUGCUGCUCCCUCUCAUCACACAUCUGCACAAAGUCCAAGUCCUGGAUCUGAGUCACAAUCAGAUCACUGAUGCUUCGACUGAUGUGUUACUGCAGCUGCUCUCCAUCAACCCCUCCAUCGACUGUGUGCGACUCUACAGCAACAACAUCGUGCACAGAGCAGCCUUCAAGGAACACAAGCAGUGUGAGAUAUGAAGGAAUCAUCGUCAAGUAGUUGUUGGUUUUUUCUCUUCUCGUCAUCAUUAAAUGAAAACAUUGGAGGAAGUAUGAACACUGGUGCUGUGUUCAUGGAGUCAGCAAUGUACGACACAGUAACAUUAGAGUGCUGUGUUAAUUUUUUUCUUUUUUCUAUGAUCAUUAAGAAGACAGUUUAUAUGGAGGCUCAGGAUAUAUCUCAUCCUGAUGUAUCUUUUGUUUCUCAGCUGCUACAGAUUUUUCUUUGAUGGAGCUCAAUUGUCUAAUCGAGCUCCAUUAUAGUAAGUAAGUAAAGUAAAGUUACUAAGUGCUUUUCACAGACAAGCGGUCACAAAGCACUGUUGACAAAAGGCUAAAAUAAACAAGAACGUUAGGUGCCAAAAUAGACGAUACAAAACAUAAUAAUAAAAUACAGUUAAGUUAACAGGUACUUUUAAAAUAAAAUAAAUAAAUCAAUUAAAAAAAUCUCGGCAGAAAGCCUGAUUAAACAGAAACGUUUUUAACUGCGUUUUAAAACAAUCCAGAGUCAACAAAAUGUAGUUGUGGUGGUAGACUGUUCCACAGCCUUGGUGCCACAGACUGAAGCCUCCGUCCCUUUUUGUCUUUAGACGUGUUUGUGGAACAACUAACAAAUUCUGAGUCUUUGAAUGGAGACAACGAGCAGCAGUGUAUUUAGUAAGAAGUAGACAUAAUCUGGGGCCAGGCCAUUUAGUGCUCUGUAUGUUAAAACAAGAAUUUUGAAACAAAUUCUAAAAUCUAUUGGGAGCCAAUGUAAAGAGUACAAAAUAGGAGUAAUGUGAACAUGCUUACUAGAACGUGUUAGUAGUCUGGCCGCAGAACUUUGUGUAGCUUGGGAGUCAAGAAAUAGAUGAUUUGUUCAAGUUGGUAAAAAGGACAUAACAAUAAUAUAAACACGAUGACACAAAUGCAUGAACAAAUUUUUCCAGUUCAGCUGUGGAGACCUUAUGUCGCAAUUUAGAAAUGUUCCUAAAAUAAAAGAAAAAUUCAUGAUUUUACAUUCGAGCCAAGGCCCAGAGGAGAAUCAAAUAUUUCUCCAAGAUUCUGAAUGUCAGAUUAAAAGAAGAUUAGAUUACCAGUAGAGCUGUUUCUUCAACAGAGGAGUUACCUCAGCAAAAUAGGAUGGAACACAAACUUGCCUCAGCGACACGUUGAUGAUAGAUUGCAGUGUGGGACCAACACUGGUUAGAGUCCCAGAUGGGACAGAGGGAGGUAGUAUAUCUAGGCAACAUUUACUUUGGGUUCUGUUUACAUUUUGAGUAUUGGUUAUAUUUACUUCUUUGUGUUUCAGUUAAGUACAGCCUCACCUGUGCCAUUUGUAUCAUGUUGUCAAGUUUUUAUCUUUGGCAUCUGAUCCUUCAUGUAGUUACUUCCUGUUUUAUUUUGAUAUUGAUUUGUCUCUGGUAUAAUGUAUUAAUGUUUGCUUAUGCAUCUCAUUAUCCUGAUUGAUUUCAGCUGUGUUUUGUUCCAAAGCUGUUUUACGCUCCUUUAAUUUGCCUAUUUUUAUAUUUACCUGUUAAACCUGAGAGUCCUGCAGGCAGCUACCUGGGACCUGUUUUCAGCUGAACCUUGACAGAUGACCAUCCUGAUGUUUACACAUCUGAAACUUCUGUAAUAAUGGUGAUUCAGUUAUUUUAUUUUUUGUUAGACUAUUGAGACAAAAAAAGAGGCCAACUUGUUUUUGUUUUUUUUAAUCAAUGCAGUGAGUCGGCCAUAUUUAUUCAUUGUACUUUUGUGAUAACUGUACUUAUUCUACUCUGCAUUUUUCAGUCAGGACAGAGUAGAAUUACUUCUCAGAGGAACGAUGCAAUAAGUGAGCAAUCAGGAGAAAACUGUUUAGUACUUUGACAUAACUGGAACAAAUGGGCAUAAACAUGUUAACAUAUAUCGGUUUUCAUAUUUUAUAUUACAUGACAUGGGUGAAAGUGGUUAUUUUUUCUGUGACAGUUUUCCUCAUUAAUGGAACAUGUUAACAAAACCUUCUACCAUAUUAGUUUACAGCUGCAAAUGGACUCAGGGAAUAAAUUAUAAAAGGCCAAAUGUCUGUAACUGAUGAUUCCGUCUCAGUGAUUUAUAGUUGUAGUAAAUCAUGUUCAUGUUGCAGGAUCACAGUCCGCUUCAGGUGCUGAUGAAUGUUUCUGCAGAUAAAUUAAGAUUUAAGACCAGGUUGACUUUAAAAAUUAAGAUUGGAGCAUUAAGAUUUAAAAUUGUUUGGCCUUACAUACUAAAGAGCACCAACAGGACGGACCCUAAUUUACCUCACCAGUAUCCAGAUGAACAAGUAAUAAAGCAAAUUCAGCUCCCUUGUA